GGGCAUGUUGACGCUGACAGCCGCCGUGUGAACACCUGAUCAUCAGACAAGGCAGAAGAUAAACAAGUAAUAAGACUGUAUAUUUUGCACAAAUCCGAGUGCAUAUUCGCCGGCUGAGGCUCGCUGACACCCCGCCGGCCCUAUGCUCCACCCGGCAUGGCAGAGAGAGCCGACAAUGAGGUGGAGGAGGCAGACCAGAUCUACCUGCUCAUGAAGGAGGACUAUCGGAUCUCUAGGAAUGUGCGUCUGGCGUGGUUCCUUGGGAAACUUAACCAAGUCAUCUGGCCUGCCUCACAGCCUGAAGUGCUGAACUCAGAAAAUGAACUGGACUUGCUGAGCAUCUUACCUAAAGGAUGGCGGCCAGAUUUCUCUCCCAACACUUACCCCUGCAUAUUGAUGCCGUCCACUCGGGCCACCUUCCUGGCCCGGAGAUACCGCUUCAUCAUCGAGCUGGACCUCAGCCCCUCCACAGGGAUUGUGGAUGACAGCACAGGAGAGAUGAUCUUUGAUGAGGUGUUUCACGCCUUGUCGAGGUGUCUGGCUGGUCUGGUUCAACCUUUUAAAGUCCCUGGAACUGAUCAGAUUUUCAAGCCCAAGAUCUUCGUCACCAUCUUGGCGUAUUCGUCAAUUAUCGGCCUCACUUCACACCAGGUUUUGGUACAAGGAUGUCAGCUUGACAGAACAGACCUCGAUGAGUUCCUGCAUCAUAUCUAUCAGCAGCUCAGAGCGCUGGAGAGCAACAUUGCUGAAGUCCUUCAUCAGCAGCAUGAACAGUCUGUGGACCCAACACAAAGCUCAGCUCACCAUAGCAACAACCUGGAUGACCAGCCGUACCGGAAGCAGGGCAUUUCCAUGGUAUCGGCAGAUAUGGGUCUGGUCAGUAUGGUUCGUCAGGGCAUCCUGGCCCUGCAGCUGCUGCCACCAAACUCCAGUGCAGGUAUCAUCAUAAUCACAGAUGGAGUGACAAGUGUUCCAGAUGUAGCUGUAUGUGAAACUCUGCUGAACCAGCUCAGGAGUGGAACCAUUGCCUGCUCAUUUGUGCAGGUUGGAGGUGCAUACUCCUACGACUGCAGCUUUGGCUACAUCCCCAACGUAGAGCUGAUGAAGUUCAUCUCAUUAGCCACCUUCGGCUCGUACCUGCCCAGCUGUCCUGAAGUGGACCAUGACAGCCUAGAGAUGAAUGCCUACCACAAGGCCUUCUUAACAUAUUCCUUCCUCAAGACUCCUGAGUCUAUGAACUCUGAGUACUUCUGUGUUUCCCAGCACAAACUGUUCAAUGAGCACCUGGUAUCAGCCAGUGGUAACCCUGCCCUGGUUAUGAGGAGGAAGAAGCACACAGAGAAGGAAGUCCAUGCUCAUUUAGUCAGCGUGGUGUCAGUUCGACUGAGGGAGGGCUACACCAUCAGAGAGAUCAGCCUCACUAAAGGUGGGACUCAGCUGGAGGUGAAGCUGGUGCUGUUAUGGAAGCACAACAUGCAUAUCGAGUACCUAGCGGCCGCCUCCUGGCCGCUGGAUCCCUCCAAGAGAACCACCAGAGUGGAGGUGACGAUGGAGGGAAGCUACGACAUCCUGCACGACAUCAGCUGCACCCAGAGGAAACCCAUUACCAGUCCAUACCGCACCUCUGUCAUCCGCCGCUUCUGGAACACACUGCAGAGCAUCAACCAGACCGAUCAGAUGUUGGUGCAUCUUCAGUCGUUUAAUUCAAUUCCUGAAAACUACACGAUUCCAGAGAGCACCAAAAAUGGAGUUCCUCUGUUCUACAUCCCUCCUGGCUCUACGACUCCGGUCCUGUCUUUGCAGCACAGCGGAUCCAAAGACUCCUCUCAGUCCCAGUUUGCAUCAUACUGGAAACCCAUCCUCUCCAUGGAUGCCAACUUCUGGCAGAGAUGGCUGCACAUGCAUCGGAUUGCUAUCAUCCUUGAACAUGACAUACCUGUCCCCAAACACCUGCACACAGCUGGAAACAACGGACGCUACAGCACCAUUCAGUGUCGCAUCUCCCACUCGGCCCUCACGUCCCUGCUGAGGGACUGCAGCAGCUUUGUGCUGGUGGAGGGUUACUCAUACGUUAAACUCAUAUACAGUUCAUCUGAUCAGCCUCCCACCUCCUUCUACCUGGUUCGUCUCAUCUCCAAGACACCCUGCAUGGUGCUGCGUCUGGGCUUCCCUAUUGGUACACCAGCCCAUGUCAGAAACAAGAUUGUGGACGAGCUGCGAGAGCAAAUCCUCAAACUUCGCUUCCCUCAUCGUGUUCAAAACAAAGAGGCGACGCCUAAGGCAAAGAGGAAGAUUGUUGGCCAUCCUUCUCCGUCUAAAUCUCCCUCCAUCCCUGUGCCCAAGCCUGCGCUGUCAGACAGACCCUGUGUGGUGGUGCUCAAUAAACCUCUGGAGAAGCUGCUCAUACGGUAUGAGAAGCUGCCGCUGGACUUCAGGACUCCGUUCAUUUUCAACAUGGAGAAUUUCCCGCUGCCCUCCAACAGUACCGUGCCCCUGAGCAUGGCGGCCAACCGGACGGCCUCCUCCACCCUGGCGUCUCUGUCCCGGUACUUCCUGCACCAGCGGUGGGUUUGGGCCGUGCAGAGCAGCCAAGGACCAGCGGUGGCCACCCAGGCUGUGGCUCACAUCCUGUCCAUGCUGUCUGAGAUCCGAAUUUCAGAAGGCUUCCACUUUGCUGCCAGUGGUGAAGGCAUCAUUAACAUGGUGAUUGAACUGCCAGUAAAGGGCAUGCCAGGUGACAUGGACAGAGAGAGUCACUCAUGCAUCGUCCAGUAUAUCCUCUUUCCACCUCACUCUACCUCGACUAAGGACAGCUUCUCCACGGACGACGACAACGACACCGAGGUGGAGGCUGUGGACAUGGACACGGAGCUGAAUCUUGUGACUGAAUGCUGGGUGGAGCCACAGAGUGGCACAGUGAUGAACUGCACGGACCAGAAUCGCCACUUCCAGGGCCUGAAGUAUCAGGAGAUCCCUCAAGCAAUCUUCCCGAGGGAUCUGGCCUGUAUGUCCACCAUGAUGACCUUUGAGUAUUUAAGCCAGCUGUGUCAGAAUAAGGAUCAGGUGUGUUCACUGCCAGCUGGACUCAAGGAUACACGAGGAGAUGCACCGAGCCCUGAGGGCAGCAUCCACAUGGUUCCUUUCCAGUUUGACCUCAUUCAGCUGCUUCCAAAGUGUCAGCAGGUCGAACUCUUCUUCCUCACAUUCAGUACAGCGGUGGAGAAUGAGGAGCAGAUUCACAGCUCCCCCUGUCUGCCCAACGAACUCCUGCUCAGCCUCUUCCACAGCAGCCUGGAGCACGAGCUCAGCGACAGAGAGAUCCCGUUAGCCGGCCGCGACCAUGCCGCCUUCAUGCACCACAUCUUAGAGCGAGAACGGGAUGGGCACGUAGCUCCUUUCUCUUUACCUGUUAUCAAAGAGGAAUGUGCGAAGCCUCCAGACCGACAGGACACUAUGACUUCAUUCCACACCACUGGCAGCAGCAAAGAGGUGAUGGGAUCUACAAGCACUUUACAGAGUUUCAGUAAUGCAGACCUGGUGGAUGAAGAGCCUCUGCUGUUGGAGAGGAGCUGCUCAACGCCGCAGUGGAGGUGCUACGCCAAGUACAUCAGCUCCCAGCAGCUCCUCCUCACCUUCCUCCCUGCUACCUUCACAGAUAUUCUGAUGCUGAUGGCAUCAGGUCUGGAGACGGAGCCUCGGAGUAACAUCAGCACGCAGGAGGAUGAUACUCUGACUCCCAGCAAUAAAUCUCAGGCUGAUUCCCUGUCUGGUUCCACCAUUGGCUUGGAGGGCUUUGAGUCUGGCUUCAGUCUGGCUGGUAAAAUGCGAAGGAGCUCCAGCAGUGGAGCCUUUACAGCCAGGUCACCUCUGCUCUCGCCUGCAUCAGAGGGCCUGACUGGACCUGCCGUCUCCCAUAUCCUGGACCAGGAGAGCUGGGACAGCAGAGUAUCAGAGACAGAGGCUGGGACGCCAGGCUCAGACCCGGGAGAAAAAGAGGGAGUCCAGUUCUCUGAACCACAGAAGGCAGAUCUCCACAUCAGCUUCAGCAGACAGAUCUCCCAGCAGAGCACCAGUGACAGCUGCCAGUUAAAGUUACCCGUUUACGUCUACAACUGCUCACUAGAGCAUCUGAAAGAGCAACUGGUACAUCCCAACUCCAGCCGCCAGCCCAGGGACAUCUUCUUCAGGUCUCUGUCUCAGGACCGCAGCAGUCCGUCCCCUUGGACAGACCUCCUGGCUCAGCCUCACAAACCCAAGGAGCUGGCCCAUUAUUGCAGCCUCCUCCAGGAACAUUACCACCAGAGCUACGUCAAAGGUGUUUACCGCAGCCUGCAGCAGUCCUACCACAUCAGCUCCCAGGACGUCCUGAUGGCCAUGGACUACUGUGAGGAGUCGCUGCAGGAGAUCGACAUCACCUCCUUCCUGGGGACGCUCUGUGGACACAUCAGGGUGUUCAGGGAGCACGGGAACGCGACAGGAUGGGGAGGGAAUCCCAAACCUUCAACUAGUCCUGCCACGUUCCUCAUCGGAGAGGUCGAGGAGGAUCAGUCAGAUGAAAGGGCUGCAGUCGCUUCAUCAUACAGUAGUAUAGAAAUGGAGGACACCAGUGAAGCUGAAUCUCGAGGGAAGUCCUCUGCUCCUGCAUCUCCACUGAUCCUGGAUGAAGCCAAGGCAGCCAAGAUCCCAGAGUUCCCUCUGACUCUGCUGCAGACACAGCCCAAGUGUGAAGUGUACCCAGAGCUGCACAAAAUAAUACAGGAUAAAUUCAUGGAAGUCCUGUCUCAGCACUUCAAAAGCGUUCCCUCCAAUCCACACUACUUCUUCUACUGCCCACCUUCAUCCAAGAAAGAGGAGGACUCUGAGGACGGGGAGAUUGAGAGGAGACCCACUGAAGACCUGGUGUCAGAGGCCGAGCCCGCUACGGAAGAUGAAAAUGUAUCAGGCUGCUGCAUCAUGACGGAGAGCGACACGGACUUGGUGGUGGAGUAUGAGGAGCCUCUGGGCACCAACUCUCAUGGGGAGGGUGAAGACCAGUCCCUGUCAGACUCCAACACCGUCAACCAGGACCAGGACUCCUUCAGCAUCCUGGAGGGAGACUCCCUGCUGGAGACGGAGGGGCCGCAGUUGGACAUGCCACCUCUGUUUGUCCACGUCACCUGCUCCGUCAACAUGAAAAGCUGCCAUGGUUCCAUGCCCAUACAAACACUGCCUACCUGCCUUGGUGAGAUUAUUUCCUGCCUGGAGAAUGCUGAGGCCUUCCAAUCUGUGGAUUUGAAUGAGCUCUCAGUCACUCUGGAUAUUUUUGUCCUGACACUACCUCUGGAGAUUGAAGUCAUGGCUGAUUUCCAUCAUAACAGAUACACCUCAGAGAGCAGCGUAUCCUUGAAUCGUUCACCUGGACAGCCCUCCUCUUACCGCUCUGACGAGGAGCUGAUGGCGGUGUUGGACAGUCUGAGGGGAGGUGGAGUCGACGGGGUCUCUGGUGAUCCUUUGUCCAAGCUCCCACUUCCUCACAAGUUAGCAAUUCUUGCCACAAUGGACGAGAUCCGCUGGCUGCUGGAGGACGAGAUCGUCUCUGCUCUACGUCACUCUCGGGUCAUCGGCUCGGCCACGCUGCAGAAAGUAGCGGAGCAUGUUUUACGCUCCAGCGGUCGACCGCACUGUCACUGUGAAGAUGUCCCACUUCAGUUUGUCUUUGGGCCUGAACAGUCGCUGGAAAGAUUCAAAGAGGAGUUCCGUAGAAUGUCGUUCUCUGGUUACGUGCUGAAUGGCGAACAGGACCACUUCUACUACAUGUCCUUGAGCAGGCUGCAUCCACAGAGGAUCCAUGCCACUAAAAGACUGUCCGAGAGCACCGCAGAACCCCCACACAACCCCUGCAGCGCUGGAUCUCAAGUGGAGGCUGUGAUUCCAGAGAGCGAGAUAGAAGCUCGGGCAGACAGCGAGGGUGAGGACAAGAAGUCCAUUAGUGUUGCCGCUGACGCUCCCUGUGACACAACCGCAGAAGCCAGUGAACCAAUCAGAGCCUUGAAGCCUGAAGCAGAUGACAGUGUCAGCAUGGCGGGGGACAGAGGUCAGCUCAGUACCCCUCAGCUGCACACUGAGUGCUGUGCUGAGCCCAACACUCCCCCCAAAACGCCGUCCAGCGUCAGCCUGGCUGAGUCCAUGCAGUCGGCCUCUCACAGCUGCGGCAAACUCAGGCCAAGUCGAGUUCAGAGUGUCGUCUCCAGCCAAGGCAGCCUGGACUCAGACAUGCAGGGCUAUGAUGGCGGCAGCAGCGACUCAGAGUGUGAGAGCCCCAUUCUGGAUGAGCAGGAGUGUCAGUCGCCACUGAUGCCCGACUUCUGGCUCAUUGUUCAAAUCCACCAGGACAGAGUGAAUUGUAGAGUGAAGGUUUACUCCCAUUCCAGGUGCUUCACAGAAGGGAAAGGGGUCAGUGCUGAGGAGCUGGAGAAGAAGGAGGAAGAGCAGGAGCUGCCUGAAUAUUUACAACUGCAUCAGAUGGUGGUCAGGAAGAUCGGUGAUAUCUGCAGAAUAGUGAACCAGCGUAUGCUGCUGCAGGAUCUCCAUGACAGCCAUGUGUGCCACUCUCUGCUGGUGGCUGAGAGUGAAGAAGACAUCUGGAAGAACGAGUCUCUCUACAAGCAGAGGCUCCACACCUCUGAUGAUUACAACACAGAGGAGAGCUACCAGGCCAGAGAUUAUCUGGCUGCCACCAUGCAGUUCGUCCCGGGACAUUUUGCCUGUGAUGUGGUGUGGAGCACAAUCAUCCACAUUCACCCACGUCUCAAGAUGGGACCCAACAUGGGCGUGUCCAGGGCGAUCCAAGCCCUGCGCUCUGUGCUCAACUCCUUCUGUGUGGUCAACAGAAAGAACAUGUUCGUUUACCAGGAACGGACAACAAAAUCGGUCUUCUACCUCAGACUUUGUGAAACGUCACUAACAGGGAAAUACUCUGAUGUGGACGGAAACCUCCACAUGAGUCGAUCCAUUGGACUCGCCAGGAGUCAAGAGCCUUCGUUUUCUGAGGACCUCAUGGGCUCCAGGUCUUCUUCUCUUGAAGGCUCCCGGCCAGUUGGACAGGUUGACAAGCACAUCCUGCUGCUGGUGCAUGGAGUGGGAAAUGCAGGUCCAGAGAUCACAGAUGAGCUGGUCAAGGUUUUGCGUAAGCGCCUGGAUGAGACCACCCUGGACAUCAUCACCGUCAUGCUUGUCAGGAAUUGCAAGCUGACUCCAGCUGAUGUGGAGUUCAUCCAGCCGUCAGGAUCUCCAGCCACCGAGGUGAUGACCUUCAGCCUCCCUGAGUACUGCCUCCCCUGGCUGCCCGCUGUGGCUCACUACCUCAGGCAGAACCUCCUCAUCUUCUUGCAUGUGCCCAAGUACACUGACAGCAACACAGCGCACCACUUCAAGCACUACUUUCAUUUGAGCAGUGACUUGGCUGACGGUGAUAUCUACCUCUACAAUAAGCCAGGAGGCCAGGGGACGGGAGGCAAAGGUACCAUGUCGGAGCUGGUUCAGCAACUCUUCCCACCUUCUCAGUUUAAAGGUAUCGCCUGCAUCGCCCUCUCAUUUGUCGACGCCCACGGUCGGCCCCUUCAGGUUCCAGCUCAGGACUGUGCCGCUUUGCAAAAAUCGGAAAACUGCACCAUCCCCCUCGAUCCAGACCAUUUUGAUGAGCUGACCACUGUGGUUAAAGUGGAAUCCAUCAAUGUCAGCUCAGGUACAGAGCCACAGCUGUAUGUGCGCUUUGACAUCUGGGAACAAGGCAACGUCAGCCCCUUACAGCUGAGUGACAAACUGCAGGGGGCGCUGCGUCACGCACUCUGUGAUGUUGUCAUGGAGCUCAGAGUCUUACCAAAUCCUCUUUGUAUUGGGGUCCACUGCCCAGCCACGAAAGCUCAGAAAGAAGAGGCUAAAGGAUUGCUGAUUCCUUUGCCUGAGGUCAAAGAAGUGAAGGACAGCCCCAGGCAGCGCAGUGGCUCUCGGGUCUUUAAAACCAGCCCUUCUCCAAUCACCUUAAUCCAAGGAGCUGUAGGAAGCACCCCAGUGACAGGGACCAGCACACCUGAGUCCACCACACCCACCGGCAGGAGCACCCGUCGGAGCUUCUGGGAUAUACUGAGUAAGCCAGACUCAACAGAGCUUGGAAGCCCCAAAACAACUGAUGACAUAGUGCAAGAGAAAGGAGAGGAAGGCCGAGCGGCACGACGAAGACACAAGACGGAGAACGUGAAGCAGCAGUGGAGUCAGGAGAAGGCGAUGGCUGUGGAGCUGGAGCAGGCCCAGAGGAGGCAGGUGUCUCAAUUGGAGGAGGGAGAUGCAGGCACUUUGCACCCUGUUUACCAGGAUACCUGCCAGCCGUGGAUCACCUUCAUGGCUAAACUCGGCUGCCCCUCCAUUCAGCAGUGCAUGGCUGAAACAGCUUCACAUUUCCUGCUGCCUUCCAUCUUGGCAGAGAUUGUGAAUUUGGUCAGUUCUCUGGCCAGUGAUACAUCAAUGAAGGCCUUUGAAAAGACAAGCUGCCCUGCAACUGGAGACGUAUUUGUACCAUUCACACUGGUUCAGAAUCUCAGCCAGUCUCCAGACGCUACAAGGAACUUCAUUCUCAUUGGCCGCAACUUCCACCAGUGGCACUGCAGCACAGAGCAAGAAGACAGUUCAGAUGAGGAAAACACCCCAGUGCUAAAUAGGUUCACACCUCAUAAGGGCUUCCAGCGCUUCGAGGCUCUGGAGCAGAGUGAUUGGGUCGGUCCCAGCCAGGCCGGGGCAGGACUGGCUCCCCGCCAAAGGUUCCUCUUCAUCAGCAUCCUGGACAAAAAGGUGAUUCUGUACAGCUACAACUGGUCUGUGGACCUCGGCGCCUCUCUGAACCGCGAGCUGGUCCGCCUGGUUAAAUGGCAGAAUGCGAGGGCUCAUGUUGUCCACUGCCUGUUCAACCAGAAGAUGGGCCUCUUCCAUCACUACUGCUUCUCCGAUGCACCCAUCCAUGAAAUGGACUCCAAGCAGGAUCCCAACCCCUUCCUCGGCCCCUCCAUAGAGCCUGAUGCCUUGCUACGUAGUACUGUUCCUCCUCUGCCCAGUAAAGAGCAGGGCAGGUUGGGAGGCUCUGGUCGAAGUCUCGCUCCGCUCCACUUUCCGUCUGAGCUGCUUCCCUUUGACGAAGCUCUGAGGGAUGUCUGCACCAUCAGACCGUUGAUGGACGGAGAUGUGGUGGCCCGACAUGGUGGCCAACUCUUGGAGAUAAAAGCUGCUGAGCGGAGAGAACUGGAGAAACAGAUGAAGAUAGAGAACCUGUUUGUGACGUGGCAGCAGAGGUCGGCACAGUCCAACAUGCCCAUUUCAGGAACAGACUUGGAGACACUGAAACAGUCAUCCAGGCUGGUCCACUACUGUGCCACCCCUCUCCUCUUUGACCCAGUCUUCCGCAAACAGAUCCAAGAAGAGCAGAUUAUUCAGCCUGUGGUGAAGAAACGGCAUCGCUCCAGCGACUCCACAGCGUCGGGUCGAGACCGGAGCUACAGCACUGACUCAGCUGACAUGCUGCCCAGCCGAUUGAAGGAGGAACCCUGGCUGCUUGAGAUUUCUUGUACCUUCCUCCAGCAGUACGUCCAGUACCUGCAGAGCAUGGGCUUCAUUCUGGUGCAGGUCCGCCCUCAGUCUCCGGCUCGCAGCAUCGCCCGGGCUCGUGCUGCCAUGCUGAGCUCCAUGUCAUCAGAAGGCAGGAUGUCUUUUUCGUAUGUGAAGCAGAAGAGCGAGGACAGCCCUAAGACGACAGCAUCUGGCACAACUGCAUAUCACCUCCAGAGGGCGCUACCAGGAGGGAUCGUGCUGAUGGAACUGGCUUUUCAGGGGUGUUACUUCUGUGUGAAGCAGUAUGCACUGGAGUGUUCCCGCAUUCCCAUGGGGCAGACAGUCAACUCCCAGGGCAGCCUCCUCACCAAACCUCGUUGCAAGCCGUUUCCAGAUGCCACCCCAGUAUCUGACUGUGCGCUCUCCAUGCUCUUCACCGAGGAGUGUGAUAAAGUGCGGGAUCUGAUGCACGUCCACUCCUUCAGCUACGACUUCCACCUGCGAGUGGUUCACCAGUAUUUGGUCGGCUGCCACAUGACGCUGCGCCAAGGCUACCAGCUCACUGACUUCCUUGACGAUUUCAUCUCCCAUCAUCCAGACAUUCCCAAGUUUGGCCGCAACCACGUCUUUCAAGGUGACUUUGGGAGCUUUUCCAUCUCCACGGGAAUGAUAACAGCUCACCAGCUCUACAACUACAUCACCGACCACGCCAGCACGUACGGUAUGAAGCCGCUCCGCAUGUCCAAGGCUGCAGUCGCAACCGACAACAAGAAAGGGAUGCCUGAGCUGCACGAGUACGCGCUGGUGGCUCUGUGGAACAGUUCGGGCACGUACAAGGAUCUGGAGGGUCUGCAUCAUCACGAUGACUUUGACGUGUCACUGGUGGUGUGCCAUAAUGCUGCUCCGUUUGAGGAGCAGUCAGACGGAGAGAGGCAUUUGCUGAGGUUGCGGUUCUAUGUGAUCAUGACCAGUCAGAGGGAGCUGUUCCCUCGUCUCACUGCUGACAUGCGCCGCUUUAAGAAGCUUCCGCAGAUCCACCGUGAUCCAGCAGAGCUGGGUGGGCGACUCUCCCAAGAUCGAACAGAGACUUCUGGAUCACGUGGGGCUGAGCAGGACCUCUGGGAGGAAACUUCUUCAGAAGCGGCAGCCGCCUCUGCCCCGAGCGACGGCAACGAGUUUUAUCCUCUGGCAGGGGGUGGACCAGAGGCUCAGGGUUUGCUGUAUGCCUCCCCUCUGUUCCCACUACUCAACAACGAGGUGGCAUCCGCCCGCAGACAGAUCCAGGCCAGCGUGGAACAAGCCAUGGGUCACUGCCGCAGGGAUAACCUCUGGAGGAGGCUGUUCCACGGAGAACAUGUCGCCCUGGACAAACUGAAGCUGGCAAAACUGUCAUUCAGUGAGCUGGAAGAGCUGCUGGAGGCGGUGCAGAGCCGAUCAGUGGGGGAGAUCGACCCACAACUAGACUGUUUCCUGACUAUGAGUCCAGCCUGGUACCAGAGUCUGAUCAAAGUCCUGCUGAACCGCUUCCCUCAGAGCUGCAGACACUUCGACGACAACGGCAUCCAGUACCUGGCUGUUCUAAACCAGAAGUUCACUGACUGCUUUGUUCUGGUCUUUCUGGACACCCAAGCUGGAAAAACUAGCUUAAAGGUUGUGUUUCGGGAGCCAUUGCCGACACAGCCGCAGGCCAGCGGUAGCCCUCCUCCUCAGCUGGUGUCCAUGUACCAUCACCUGGAGUCCGUCAUCAACACAGCCUGCUACAACCUCUGGACAGGACUGUUAUAGAGCUGGACCUACCUCGACUCAUGUCCACAACUGACACAAGGAAAAAGAGAGCAAGAAGGUCUGGAGAGGGUUCGUUUGGAGGAUACCCUCUUACCACAUGCUCUCCCAGCAGCUACAUCACUCUCUGUGGAGCUGAGCUCAGCUUGCUGGGAUGGAGGAGCAUUAUGCUGGUCAGCAAUGCUGCUGUAUUUAUAUCACAGUCUGUUUGUGUCCAUUCUGAAUGGAUGUAACGGAAGCAGACCUUGUGAGUUGCUCCCAGUUCUUUUCUUUCUCUAAAACUUAUGUAGAGUUCUUACAUUAGUUUGCUCCACUUACCCCAAACUAAAGUGAAAUAUUUUGGAACUGCUGUGCAGAAAGUCUCCAUUAACUGGUUCAGAAUCAGCCUUAAGUCUCUGAUUUCUGUGCUUACAUAUAAAAUCUAAAUUAAAGUGGUCAGAGCUGCCACAUAAAUCUGAGCAGACACUGUUUUUUUAGAAAUGUCUCACAGUCACAAAACACAUUUUUAUCAUGUUAUAUAAGUAGGUUGUAAUGUGUCCUGUGAUAUUUAUGUCCACAAGUCAACGGACUCACAUUGAGCUCACACUGAAAGUCAGCACAAAACCUUUGAUCAUUUCUGUGUUUUCAUUAUUCUAAUACAAUUCAAGCACUACAGAGUCUUCAAACAAAGGGAGAGAAAGGCAGAAUACUUUGUUAUUCUGCUUUUAGCCAAAACAUGCAAAAUAAUGUUUAACUCUCUCAAUCCCAAAAGGUCAGGUUUGAAAAGCAGGUUCUCUUUUAAAAAAAAAAAAAACACAAAUCACCAAAUUCUAUCAUUUGUCAGAGCCAGAAACUGUAAUACCUGAAAGAACUGUUAAAUCGUCAACAGUUAUAAGUCUUCAAAUGUACCAUGUUUGACAUGCAGACCAAAUCUAACCUUAAAACUGGGAUAUAUCAUCAAAAUAACCUCAUUCCAAAUGGCAACAUAAAAAAGCGUAUGCACCAGAAUCGGUGAAAACCUAAAAAAUUCUGCACUCCUCAGUGAAACUAAAUAAUUCUAAAUAGCUCAGCUGGGACCAACAGUUGUGUGACAAAAAUGUAGUUUUCAUGUGACACACAGAGAAAAAGACAAGAGACUGAGAGGUAAAGAAAAUAUGCAUCAUUAGUAAAAAACAAAAUGCAGCAUGUCUCAGAAACAGUAUGCAGAGGAGCCAGCAAGUUGUCGGAAGAUGCAUUCAGCGUGUUGAUAUGUCCUAGAGCUGAUGGGCAGAGUAGUGCCAGAACAGCUAGUUUGAGGUUAGAAGAGAUUAUUAAAAUGUAAGCAGUCAAAUAUCUGUACUGUGUAGAGUCACCAUUUUUCUUUCAGUAUUCAUAACACCUGUCGGCAUUUGGAAAAAUAUUAUACAUACUGACUCCAGGCUUUUUCAGUUUCUGUAAAUUAAUUAUUUAAAUAAAUUAAUCUUUCUUUUUGGAUGAUUUAUGGCAUUAUAGGUUUGUUAGACUGCACAGAAGGCGCUUUUUCAGUUCUCUACUUUUAACUCAUGGUUUUGCUGUUUAUGCAGAGUUGCAGGGAUUUAUGUUUCAGUGAGAUAUGAGCCCACACGGAGUAAGAAUGCGACAGGAGCAAAGAAAUGUAGAGUCCAGAAACUGCUUGGGGUUCAGAGAGUUAAACGAGCUCACUGCCAUUUGUCGGAAAUCUUUGAUGUUUGAUAGCCACGUGGGAAAUCAAACUGCAGACAGCUCACCAAAACCUCUAACCUGGCAGAAAUCCAACCGAUCAGCCGGCAGCCAAAUUGCUGAAAGUUCAGACAGUUAAUCAGGCGGUGUGAUAUCAACAACUUUAACUAUCUGAUUUUAAAAUAAGUCAGAGGCGAUCGUUGUAUUGGAGCCAAAUCCAUACAGUGUCUGCCCAGUUUUAUGCAACAAGUAUUUCAUGAGUCAGGGUAUCACUUUAAAGAUCAUCACAUAACGACACUGAUAAAGAGACAAGAUGCUUCAGGAUUUGAUUAAGGUGAUAAUCAGAGCGGCACAUCUUAAUGCUGGGGUUCUGUUGAGUUUUCACAAGCUGGGAAGUGAAGGGGCACAGCAUCGACUGCCUCCACCAACCAGGUCCUGAGGGAACCAUGAAGCCUCUUUACCAGAUGCAGUGGAAGUUGAAGCAUUCAGUCAUUUGUAGGGUUUGAUUGGCUCACUGAGUGUGAAACUUGUUUUAUCAAAGCCUUGCUGCAAUCUGGUUCGGACUUGAGCUAAGACGUCCAGACAAGUCGUCCUUGAGGUUCUCAGGGAUCCGGUUUCCCUGAGGACCUGUAGCACUGAGCCUUUUACUGACUGACCCAUCACUCUGAGCCGAUAGGAGGCGUCCCAUGAGCCUCCAGGCUGGUGGACGGUGGGGGGUGCACCUGGAAGAAUCUCCCAAAGUUCUGAUGCUCUGAAAUGUUUUUACCAAUGAAGAUUGCGUUUUUUUUCUCCCUCCUCGUCUGUGACCGAGAAACAUCCCAAAUGAAUAUCAGCAGUUAGGACUUGCUAAAUGUGAUGCUUCAUGCUCAAAGCCAGUCAUGAAGCAGCGACGGUACACUGCUGAUUAUCUCACUGCACAAGUUUAAAACUCCUCCAGCUUCAACAGUGGGUCAGAAUCAUCUUGGAUCGUGUGCCUUUGAUAGCAUUUAGCUAGCUCUUCACACCACAUCAGUGUUUUUUAAGAGUAUGAGACAGCUGAGGUGUCGGUGUCCUCAGUAUGAAGGCUUUUAUGUUUAAUUUUCAAAUGUGUCAAGCCACUUGAACCCCACUGCCAUGCAUGGUGCCCUGAAGUGCCUUCCUCUGUUAUUUUCCCACCUUUUUUUUUCCAUUCCCAAACUUGUGAAGCGAUGCCGUUGUCGUUCCAUCGGCUCUGCACAGGAGAUCUGUGGAAACGCACGCCUGAUGUUGUGCAGUGAAAGUGCCUGUUCAGAGAAAAGUGACAAAAAUUGCCUUUCAUAAGCAAGAAAAUGGGUCACAUUAACUUUGGCGAUUUGCAUAAUAGCAUGCCACAUGUCAUCAGCGCCGAGUGUUUCCAAAGCAUGUUGUGGGUGACGAGUUUGACUUGUGUUUUCUGAAACACUGCGGCUGGUAAUCAUACCUCAGUUCGGAAUAGGGCACCGAGCAGCCCAACACGGGACUGUUACACCACAACACGAUAUCCACUGCAGGUCCGUCAUUACUGACGUAUUCAGCAGCCUUAGAGGUCGACACAGUUUUACAUGUUUGGGCUUCUUGCGGAGCUCAGCCUGAAUGUUAAACACUGGAUAUUCUUCAUGCAAAAUGUGAACUGUAACAAUUUAGCCCUGAGCAUUCUGUCACUGUAAGAUAAACACUGCACUAACUGUAUGAUGUAUAUUGUGUAUAUACAGAACACUUUAUACAGUAUGUAAAAUGUUAAAUAAACGAGUAGGAUAAAUGAGAA